ACAGGUGAAAGAAUAGGGAACAAUUUCAGAUCUGAUACAUGUAGAAAUUAUAAGCUUAAGUGCUGUUUAAACAGUUGUAUAAUGCAGUGUAGCCUGCGCUUUGAGCUUUCUUUAUUCACUACCGGGAUAUGAAGUUGGAUGGAUUUAAUUACCUCGAUGUAUUAUAAAUGCUAGUUUGAAAGUUGAAUAAUAUCAUUUGAGAAAAUGGUUGUAUAUGAAACAUGCGCGUUAUCUGAUUCAUGAUAUUGUGGUUAUUGGGCUUAUCGUAAUAAAUUGUCAUGAAUGUAUUGUGCAAUGAGUUUUAAUCGAUAAUGAAGAAAAUGACAGGCGAUAACGAUAAGCUAAUGCAAAUAGAAAUUUAAAUAAGUCUCUUUCGAGAAAUCUAAUGUAUCCGUCUGAAAGGACAGCCUUCAUUUGUUUUCUUGCGAUGAUCCCCUCGCUGUAUGGAUUAACUUCAUUCAGGUGAAUAAAAUGGAAUACAGCCGGAAUACAACUGCGUGCUUGAGGUGAUCAAUACUUACUGAGUGAGUUAAGCAUGUGAAACUGUAAUAAGCUGAUGUGGAAACUGACAUUUAUAAAAUAGAUAUUAUCAUAUCAUGGAUAUUUCAUAUGGAUAAGGAUACUCCGAUUCACCGCGAUUUCGCCGACUUCCGGUGAUAAUGUACCAUGCUCGCCCCGUGGUGACGGACCCAGGCCCCCCGGCGUGUUUCUGUACCACCCACACAGCCGCUUGCUUCACCAGUAACGGGCAUCGCGAGCCAGUUGGGUCCCCGGAUGUUACACGCAACACUGGCGGUCGUGGUUCCCAGUUUGAGUCGGGGUCCCAUGCUGGGAAACAACACCAAGAUGGAACCGAGGCCGGGUACCAACGACGGGGCUCAUGGGGUAACAAUGUCAGACAGAGAAUGGCAAAUUUUGAGCCAAGCGGGAAACCAAGUCCUCGUGAAAACCUGUUUUCUGAAGAGUCUCGUCAGAAUGAAGGUGAUUCUAUUCAGCCAAGUAGCUCCUUCAGAAGUAGAAGUACCGAAAAACCGGGGUUUUGUGGUGAUAGGUCGACUACAAGAUACUCGAAGUCAUCGAGUGAUUUGUCACGGCGAUGUAAUCAUUUCUACAGUGAAGAUGAUAAUCGAACAAUUGACACUGAACGUACACAUGUCAUUGGACGUGCGCGUGACAAUGAAAGGAACAACACCGGCCUCCAAAAUGAGCAGGGCAAUUAUAUUGAAUCCUUAUUGUUAUCACAUCGACGAAGAAAAUCCAGAAAUCCAUCACAGGCAAGACAUAGACAAAACAAUUCCAACGUGUCAGCUGGAGAUUCGACCAUGCAAAACACACCUGUGAAACACCCUCCCAGUAAACAUGUAGGUUUCUAUGACGAGAGCGUUGUAAGCUCAGAUACCGAAGUUCUUCAUCAGUAUGAGAGAGCCAGGGUCAUUUCCAGCCGUGUUCAUAGCCCCAGAAGUGAACAGAACUAUCACAUCAAUCCAGCAUACCAAGGUGAAGGUCAACAAGCUAAUAUAGAAAAUACUCAAGUUUACUCUGACAACGAAUCCAGUGGUCACAGACAAGUAAGACCCCCUAUUUCGAAGUCACCAGCUUCAAGCAAAAGUGUGGAAAACGUAAAUAGGAAUGAUCAAAAAGUAACGAUUAAGGCGGAGAUUCAUGAACACUUCGAAUCUCGGAAAAAUAGUUCAGCAAAUGUGGCACGUUGGGCUGAGAACAAUAGACACUUUGACGUCUUGCAUAGUCCGUCUAAACUUCUUCCGGAUAAACCUAAAGUGCCUAUUCUAAAACAUAUGAACAAUAGCAAAGAAUUCAGUAUUAAGAAUUCUCAGGGUAAAAUAUAUUCUGAAAACACUGACAGGAGUGUACACAGUGGUCGGGAUGUUUCCAUAGUGCCGGCAAAGGAACUAUCAAAGUCACUAGACAACUUGCGAUUUUCUCAAAAUGAACUUCAGUUGAGCCAUCAGGAUGACUGGAAAACAUUGUCAAAUAGUGCUCUUUCCCAGAAUGUUUCCCUUGACGCGUUUGAAGACCAAGAAGACAUGUUCGCGACAAUUAACAAUGUAAGUGCUUUUGUUAUGCGUCCCGGGACAAACAAAGGGCAGGACAUGUCAGAGUUUAAAGAUUUUGCUCCAGAAUUAAGUGUUGUUUCGAAUACGGAUACAGAACCGCCCAAUUCAGAUCCGGACUUAAUACGUCACGAAUCGUCGUAUUUAGACAAAACGUCUUCGAAGCCUCAGAGUCAGGACAAAACGUCCACAGACUGGGAUGGCGUUGUUCAAGAUCUCUUUUACAAUCUAGACAACGUGGACCUCAAAACAGAUCCGUUGAUAGCGGAGCACAACCAUGACUCAUCCUCCGGGAUAGCCUCUGACGUCACGAGUUCUCACAACCAAUCAACGACGAGAAUGUCUACAUUCAAGGGCGACAGCUCGUCAGUGUCGUCUGCUGACCACCGGUUCUCGGACUCGUCUUUUGACCGACAGUUUUCCGAUUCUUCGCUAUCCACAGACCGACCGUACGUCAAGAAACGUCAGGGGGACGGAAAAUUCCCCUGGGCGUACACACAUGGCGCGAAAGUUGCUCAGCAGAACAAGGCGAAUAGAGAACGCGUGCCGUUGUCGUCUGAUUCGAGCAGUGUAAACUCAGAUUACCCCACCCCCGUUAUUCAUACGACCCAGCCUCCAUCCUAUGAAUACCACAUGCAGCUACAGAAACAGAAGCAUUUCAUCCACAAUAAUUAUGAAGUACAAGACACCGACAGACUUAUGUUGACCUCUAGUAAAGUGAAAUACAAAGUGAGACCUUCACCUUUUGACCUGAUGACUGAUGACGUCAUCGUGAAAAUCUUCUCAAGCUUGCCAACUGACCAACUUUGUCGCUGUUCGUGUGUCUCUCAGAGAUGGUACCGACUGGCAUGGGACCCUUUAUUGUGGAAGAAAAUUGCUAUAAAUAGCGAAAGUGUUCAUAUAGACCAUGCCUUAAGGUAUUUGACUAAACGGUUGAGUUACAAUACCCCUACUGUGUGUGUUAUAGUGGAAAGGAUUAAUUUGAACGGUUGUGAAAAACUGACAGACAAGGGCCUACAUGCAAUAGCCAAGAGUUGUCCAGAGUUACGGCACUUGGAAAUCCAGGGAUGCGCUAACGUCACGAACGCUGCUCUAUUCGAAGUGGUGUCCUACUGCGUCAACUUGGAAUAUCUAGACGUCACUGGCUGCCCGUGCGUCACGUGCAUCCGGCUGACGGACAAGCUGCUAGCCCAGGCGACGGCGCCCCACCUCCGCCAGAUCUACCUCCGCUACCUUGACCUCACGGAUUGCUCCGCCCUGGACGACGCCGGUCUCGUCACCGUGUCCUCCUACUGUACGCAACUGCAGUACCUCUUCCUGCGGCGUUGCGUGCGCAUCGGAGACCAGGGCGUGGAGGCCGUGUGUAACAACUGUUCCAACCUCCGAGAACUCAGCGUCAGUGACUGCAAGCGUCUAACGGACUAUGGCGCCAGUGAGAUUUCUAAACUAAGUGAGAAUUUGCGGUACCUCAGUGUGGCUAAGUGCGAAAAGGUUUCGGACGUUGCUAUUAUUCAAAUCGCGCGUGGAUGCCGGAAGUUACGGUAUUUAAAUGUUCGGGGAUGUGAGGCGGUUUCGGACGACUCAUUGGAUACAAUUGCAAGAAAUCUUACCCGCCUCAAGUCAUUAGACAUAGGGAAAUGUGAUAUUACUGACGAAGGGCUGGUGGCCCUUGGCUAUUGUAGCCAGCUACGGAAGCUUAGUGUUAAGUCAUGUGACGCUAUUACGGACCUGGGUAUCGUUACCAUAGCUCAACAUUGCCAUAAACUGCAGCAGCUGAACAUUCAGGAUUGUCACGUGACGUUGGAAGCCUAUAGAACCGUGAAAAAACACUGCAAGCGGUGUCUGAUCGAACACACAAACCCUGGCUUCUGUUAGCAUAACUCUGCGCAGGGGUUACCCCCCUUACAGUACUACAGUACUAGAAGAAAGCUACCAGCUAACAUCAUAAGGUGUUCAAGAACAUAUUUUUAAAGAGAAAUGCUCGAGACAUUAUUGAGGUAUUCUUUGUUCAAUGACAGUAUUAGUGCCAAAUCCAUGAAGUGUUAUUCCAUUAUGUUAUUUAUGUUCAUAUAGUUUCCAUUUAUUCUUACCCCCUUGUUUGUUAUUAUAGAUGCAUAUAAAACUAUUGUUUGGAAGUGCUACAUGUCCUGAUAUUAACGGUUAUUAUUCACAUACCAGGUUAACACGGACAUAUUUGUUAUACACUAAUUGAACUGAAUAUUUCUCAAUCCAAUGAUCGAUUCGGAAUCCACAAAAAAUAAACUAAUUUAUUUUGUGAUAUAAAUAUUUUAUUAUAAACUAUACACCCCACGUGAUACAGCUGGAAACAUUCCAUUACGAAACUUUUAUACACAUUCAUUAUUCAUGUUCACUUUGUUCCGUUUUCAUUCUUUGUUACCAUUGUGAUAUGUUUAGGAAUUAUUUUAAAAUAUAAAUAUAAUAUUUCAAAAAAAUAAAAAUAAAAGAUGAAACACA